UUCAGCCACAUACAUUCCUUCCACUGGCCAGCAUUCUCCUCUAUCAGACUAGAACUGUGGAUAAACCUCAGAAAAUGGCCACCCAGCAGAAAGCCUCUGACGAGAGAAUCUCCCAGUUUGAUCAUGAUUUGCUGCCAGAGCUGUCUGCUCUUCUGGGCCUAGAUGCAGUUCAGUUCGUAAAGGAAAUAGAAGAAGAGGAGCAGAAGGAGCGAGCAAAAAUGCGGAAAGGCUACAACUCUCAAAUGCGCAGUGAAGCAAAAAGGUUAAAGACUUUUGUGACUUAUGAGCCGUACAGCUCAUGGAUACCGCAGGAGAUGGCGGCCGCUGGGUUUUACUUCACUGGGGUAAAAUCUGGGGUUCAGUGCUUCUGCUGUAGCCUAAUCCUCUUUGGUGCCAGCCUCAGUAGACUCCCCAUAGAAGACCACAAGAGGUUUCAUCCAGAUUGUGGGUUCCUUUUGAACAAGGAUGUUGGUAACAUUGCCAAGUAUGACAUCAGGGUGAAGAAUCUGAAGAGCAGGCUGAGAGGAGGUAAAAUGAGGUACCAAGAAGAGGAGGCUAGACUUGCAUCCUUCAGGAACUGGCCAUUUUAUGUCCAAGGGAUAUCCCCUUGUGUGCUCUCAGAGGCCGGCUUUGUCUUUACAGGUAAACAGGACACGGUACAGUGUUUUUCCUGUGGUGGAUGUUUAGGAAAUUGGGAAGAAGGAGAUGAUCCUUGGAAGGAACAUGCCAAAUGGUUCCCCAAAUGUGAAUUUCUUCAAAGUAAGAAAUCCUCAGAGGAAAUUACCCAGUAUAUUCAAAGCUACAAGGGAUUUGUUGACGUAACGGGAGAACAUUUUGUGAAUUCCUGGGUCCAGAGAGAAUUACCUAUGGCAUCAGCUUAUUGCAAUGACAGCAUCUUUGCUUACAAAGAACUACGGCUGGACUCUUUUAAGGACUGGCCCCGGGAAUCAGCUGUGGGAGUUGCAGCACUGGCCAAAGCAGGUCUUUUCUACACAGGUAUAAAGGACGUCGUCCAGUGCUUUUCCUGUGGAGGGUGUUUAGAGAAAUGGCAGGAAGGUGAUGACCCAUUAGACGAUCACGCCAGAUGCUUUCCCAAGUGUCCAUUUCUCCAAAAUAUGAAGUCCUCUGCAGAAGUGAUUCCAGACCUUCAGAGCCGUGGUGAACUUUGUGAAUUACUGGAAACCACAAGUGAAAGCAAUCUUGAAGAUUCAAUAGCAGUUGAUCCUAUAGUGCCAGAAAUGGCACAGGAUGAAGCCCAGUGGUUUCAAGAGGCAAAGAAUCUGAAUGAGCAGCUGAGAGCAGCUUAUACCAGUGCCAGUUUCCGCCGCAUGUCUUUGCUUGAUAUCUCUUCCGAUCUGGCCACGGACCACUUGCUGGGCUGUGAUCUGUCCAUUGCUUCAAAACACAUCAGCAAACCUGUGCAAGAGCCUCUGGUGCUGCCUGAGGUCUUUGCCAACUUGAACUCUGUCAUGUGUGUGGAGGGUGAAGCUGGAAGUGGAAAGACGGUCCUCCUGAAGAAAAUAGCUUUUCUAUGGGCAUCUGGAUGCUGUCCCCUGUUAAACAGGUUCCAGCUGGUUUUCUACCUCUCCUUUAGUUCCACCAGACCAGACCAGGGGCUGGCCAGUAUCAUCUGUGACCAACUCCUAGAGAAAGAAGGAUCUGUUACUGAAAUGUGCAUGAGGAACAUCCUCCAGCAGUUAAAGGAUUAGGUCUUAUUCCUUUUAGAUGACUACAAAGAAAUAUGUUCAAUCCCUCAAGUCAUAGGAAAACUGAUUCAAAAAAACCACUUGUCCCGGACCUGCCUAUUGAUUGCUGUCCGUACAGACAGGGCCAGGGACAUCCGCCGAUACCUAGAGACGAUUCUAGAGAUCAAAGCAUUUCCCUUUUAUAAUACUGUCUUUAUAUUACGGAAGCUCUUUGCACAUAAUAUGACUCGUCUGCAAAAGUUUAUGGUUUACUUUAGAAAGAAUGAAAGUUUGCAGAAGAUUCAGAAAACUCCUCUCUUUGUGGCGGCGGUCUGUGCUCAUUGGUUUCAGUAUCCUUUUGACCCAUCCUUUGAUGAUGUGGCCAUUUUCAAGUCCUAUAUGGAACGCCUUUUCUUAGCGACAGCUGAACUUCUCAAAGCAACUGUGUCCUCCUGUGGUGAGCUGGCCUUGAAAGGGUUUUUUUCAUGUUGCUUUGAGUUUAACGAUGAUGAUCUCGCAGAAGCAGGGGUUGAUGAAGAUGAAGAUCUAACCAUGUGCUUGAUGAGCAAAUUUACAGCCCAGAGACUAAGACCAUUCUACCAGUUUUUAAGUCCUGCCUUCCAAGAAUUUCUUGCGGGGAUGAGGCUGAUUGAACUCCUGGAUUCAGACAGGCAGGAACAUCAAGAUUUGGGACUGUAUUAUUUGAAACAAAUCAACUCACCCAUGAUGACUGUAAGCGCCUACAACAAUUUUUUGAACUAUGUCUCCAGCCUCCCUUCAACAAAAGCAGGGCCCAAAAUUGUGUCUCAUUUGCUCCAUUUAGUGGAUAACAAAGAGUCAUUGGAGAAUAUAUCUGAAAAUGAUGACUACUUAAAGCACCAGCCAGAAAUUUCACUGAAGAUGCAGUUACUUAGGGGAUUGUGGCAAAUUUGUCCACAAACUUACUUUUCAAUGGUUUCAGAACAUUUACUGGUUCUUGCCCUGAAAAUUGCUUAUCAAAGCAACACUGUUGCUGCGUGUUCUCCAUUUGUUUUGCAAUUCCUUCAAGGGAGAACACUGACUUUGGGUGCACUUAACUUACAGUACUUUUUCGACCACCCAGAAAGCUUGUCAUUGUUGAGGAGCAUCCACUUCUCCAUACGAGGAAAUAAGACAUCACCCAGAGCACAUUUUUCAGUCCUGGAAACAUGUUUUGACAAAUCACAGAUACCAACUAUAGAUCAAGACUAUGCUUCUGCCUUUGAACCUAUGAAUGAAUGGGAGCGAAAUUUAGCUGAAAAAGAGGAUAACGUAAAGAGCUAUAUGGAUAUGCAGCGCAGGGCAUCACCAGACCUUAGUACUGGCUAUUGGAAACUUUCUCCGAAGCAGUACAAGAUUCCCUGUCUGGAAGUCGAUGUGAAUGAUAUUGAUGCUGUAGACCAGGAGAUGCUCGAGAUUCUAAUGACAGUUUUCUCAGCUUCACAGCACAUCGAACUCCAUGUAAACCACAGCAGAGGCUUUACUGAAAGCAUCCGCCCAGCUCUUGAGCUGUCUAAGGCCUCUGUCACCAAGUGCUCCAUAAGCAAGUUGGAACUCAGCGCAGCGGAACAGGAACUGCUUCUCACCCUGCCUUCCCUGGAAUCUCUUGAAGUCUCAGGGACAAUCCAGUCACAAGACCAAAUCUUUCCUAAUCUGGAUAAGUUCCUGUGCCUGAAAGAACUGUCUGUGGAUCUGGAGGGCAAAAUAAAUGUUUUUUCAGUCAUUCCUGAAGAAUUUCCAAACUUCCACCAUAUGGAGAAAUUAUUGAUCAAAAUUUCAGCUGAGUAUGAUCCUUCCAAACUAGUAAAAUUAAUUCAAAAUUCUCCAAACCUUCAUGUUUUCCAUCUGAAGUGUAACUUCUUUUCGGAUUUUGAGUCUCUCAUGACUAUACUUGCUUCCUGUAAGAAACUCUCAGAAAUUAAGUUUUCGGAUUCAUUUUUUCAAGCCGUCCCAUUUGUUGCCAUUUUGCCAAAUUUUAUUUCUCUGAAGAUAUUAAAUCUUGAAGGCCAGCAAUUUCCUGAUGAGGAAAUUUCGGAAAAAUUUGCCUACAUUUUAGGUUCUCUUAGUAACCUGGAAGAAUUGAUCCUUCCUACUGGGGAUGGAAUUUAUCGAGUGGCCAAACUGAUCAUCCAGCAGUGUCAGCAGCUUCAUUGUCUCCGAGUCCUCUCAUUUUUCAAGACUUUGAAUGAUGACAGCGUGGUGGAAAUUGCCAAAGUAGCAAUCAGUGGAGGUUUCCAGAAACUCGAGAACCUAAAGCUUUCAAUCAAUCACAAGAUUACAGAAGAAGGAUACAGAAAUUUCUUUCAAGCACUGGACAACAUGCCAAACUUGCACGAGUUGGACAUCUCCAGGCAUUUCACAGAGUGUAUCAAAGCUCAGGCCUCAACAGUCAAGUCUUUGAGUCAAUGUGUGUUACGACUACCAAGGCUCAUUAGACUGAACAUGUUAAGUUGGCUCUUGGAUGCAGAUGAUAUCGUACUGCUUAAUGUCAUGAAAGAAAGACAUCCUCAAUCUAAGUACUUAACUAUUCUCCAGAAAUGGAUACUGCCGUUCUCUCCAAUCAUUCAGAAAUAAAAGAUUCAGCUAAAAACUGCUGAAUCAGUAAUUUGUCUUGGGGCACAUUGAGGAUAUAAAAAAAGUUGUUGAUUAAUGCUAGAAACCAAAUUAUCCAAAAUUAUCUUAUUAAAUAUUGCAUACUAAAGACAAUGUGUAAGGCUUGCUAAAAAA